CUUCAGUUUUGACAGAUUGCGUUGCGUGUUGUGUUGGACUGGAGCGAGCGAUGGCUAUCACUGAAAAUUUUGCGAUAUCAUAAUCGCUGGUACCAGGAAGUGAAUGUAAUUUUGGAAUCUCUAGUGUAGAAAAAGUGAAUCUCCUCUGUAGUGCAGUGCGUCGGAAAAGAAUGGUGUAGUGGUGCAUUAGUAGAGUGCGCGGUGCCCCAGGUGGAAUUAUGUGUAUUCAUGGGAGACGAUGCCCACCAUCAUCAUCAGGAGGAGGAUGCAAUGACUUCCAAUAGUAGCAGCAGCACCAAUCCAACAGCUACGAUUACGACGACGACGACGACAGGUAAUAAUAAUUCGGUGCCCUCGAGUACUGGAAGCAGCAGCAGUGGUAGCACAACCACCUUCUUCACCGCCGCCACAAGCACAUCCGAUAGCUCCUCGUCUGCUGGGGGAGUUUCGGGUGUUGUCACCUCUAGCACCACCUCUGCCAUCGAGCCCCCAGCCGUCCUCCGAAGUAGCUCCGCCACGUCCAACAUUACUGAUAAGUCCGAUAACGACAACAAUGUGGACACUGGUGGCAGCAAGUCGAGCGAUAGUGGCACUUUGGCCUCCGCAGUAGACGGUGGUGCUGGCAAACCGACGUCAGAAAAAGCAAACGAUAAGAAUUCGAAAUCUCAGAAGAAUCUUACGGAGCGGGCGAAGAAAACCCCCUGGUAUAAUGCGAUUUACCCGUCGUACAAGUCCCGGACGGAAGAUUUCAAGAAACUGUUCAAGGAAGUGUCCGACGACGAGCGGCUGAUUGUGGACUAUUCGUGUGCAAUCCAGAAGGACAUCCUGGUCCACGGCCGGCUGUACGUCACUCAGAACUAUCUGUGCUUUCACGCGAACAUAAUUGUGUGGGAGACGCGUCUCUCGAUCCGCUGGAAGGACGUUACGUCAAUUACCAAAGAAAAAACCGCACGCGUGAUUCCGAAUGCGAUAUCGGUCUGCACGGACAGUGAGAAGCACUUUCUCACCUCGUUCACUUCGCGCGACAAGACCUAUCUUAUGCUCUUCCGGGUGUGGCAGAAUGCGUUGAUGGAAAAACCGAUAAACCCGCAGGAACUUUGGCAGUGGGUACACACCUGUUACGGCGAUCAGCUCGGGCUGACCAGCGACGACGAAGACUACAUCGAUCCGUACGAUAAGAAUACGGAGGACGACCGCUGCCCGGUGAUCAUUGCAGACGAUUCCAUCGUCGAGGAUCUCGCCCUCAUCAAGGACGUCGUUGAAUUAUCGGACGAACCGACGACCAUCAUCAUGGUAGCAAAGGAAAGCAAAAUUUCCAAGAAGGCGGCCCACGCCAAAGCCGGCGGCUUCCCCACAGAGAGCAACAUUUCCACCCCCUCCGAGCUGCUUCCCACGGACAUGUCCGACUCGACCGAUUCCGCCCCGGAAGAGGAAUUCAUCGGAGUGGGCGUCGAGUGCAAUUCGCUACAUUCCGGACGGCAGCUGGUGCACACCAUCUUGCCCAUCAAUGUGGACAUUCUGUUUGAGCUGCUGUUUUCCAAAUCUAAAUUUUUGACCGAGUUCCAUAAUAGUCGGAAAACUACGGACAUGAUUCAUGGCGAGUGGAAGGUGAACAAGGAUGGGCUGAAGGAGCGGGUGGUUUGUUUGACCAUUGCCAUCACGCAGACCAUCGGGCCGAGGAGUGCGCAGGUUACGGAAACCCAAGUCAUGCGCGACUGCAGCAAACCCGGCCAGCUGUACUCGAUCGACGUCAGUGCCGUCCAGGGCGGCAUCCCGUACGCCGACAGUUUCUACGUGACCCAGCACUACUGCAUGUCGCGCACCAAGGACGACCACACAGUUCUCUCCGUGCACGCUCAAAUCCACUACAAGAAGAACAUUUUCGGCUUCGUGCGUGGCUUUAUCGAGAAGAACACCUGGGUCGGGCUGGAGGAUUUCUACAAUGCGCUGCUGCGGAGCCUCCAGAGCGAGUACUGCAUUCCACCGGCCAAGAGCAAAAGCCGUCGAUCUCGAAAACCUGCGCUCGCGCAGCAUGCCAAAGCCCCGGACGAACCGGCCGUGCUGCGCAGCGCUCCCCUCAUCCCGGCGGCGGCGUCCGCGGCCAGUGCUUCCGCCAAGUCGGCCACGUCCGCCCCGCAAACCUUCUUCUCCUGGUUCGUUGUGAUUUUACUUGUGAUCUUACUAUCGAUAAAUGUUGCACUCUACGUUAAACUUUGGAACCUGGAGGGGGAAAACGAGAGCCUGUUCCGUUCGGCGGACCCGGCUUCCUCCGCCGUCGAUCAGAAGAUUCUGAAGAACCCGCCGCAGACGCACGCCGACUGGCUGGCCCUGCUGCACGAGCAGGAAACCAAACACGCCAAGGAAAUGAUCAAAUGGCAGCAGGUUUUGCACACGGUCACCGAUCUCCUUAGAAAGGUAAGCAGUAUUUGUGAGAAUAUUCCCACUAAUGUUACUAAUGUUAGCGAUCAGACGACGCCUCCCCAGCAGCAACAGCAACAAGCUUUCGGCAUGGACGAAUUGUAGAGAGUACCUAUUAUAUUGGAUAAUAGCUAAUAGCGCACGGUAAAUAGUUGUGACAAAGGUAAUAAAGUUUAAAUUUGACUACUAAUAGGUGAUAUAAUCAGAGUAGGGAAAAAAGAA